UUCAUCAAACCAAUUAACUACCAAACCAAUUGAACACCACUCAAGUCACCACUGAACAUCCAAAACAUUAUUAUUGGAUAAACACAAGAAUCAUGACGACCAAUUCAUUCGGCUCAGCGCUUCCCCGCUUCGAUUUUCCCCGCCAACCCGCUGCUCCAAAACUGACAGCCCGAGCUGCUCGCGCAUUCCCCACAGUUGCCAUUGUCGCUACAGCUGCGGCUUAUUACUACACAUACUACUAUUCUCCCAGUCGUGAAUAUCACAUGUACACACAUUCUUCGAUACAGAAUAGUCAGAUGUUCCAAAGCACAAGGAGUACAAAACCCAAGGCAGAGAUAACGCCUUCGGAACGGAUGGAAGAAAUAGGGUUAUGGUGGACGGCAUAUUGAACGGAAAAACACCUAUAAUGGAGGAGAAAGUGCUUCGUUUGUCUUAAUAAAGGAGCAGGCCUCCUUCUGAAAGAUUGAUGUAUCUCAGCCUGAGCUGAGAACAUGGUAUUGAUAUGCCUGUCCUUUAAUAUAGUUUUUCUUUAACAUGUAAUGAAAGUUUACAUAGAGAAACAUGGCUUCAGGGGCAUGUGCGAUGAGAGAAGUGGCAGUAGCGGUACUGAUCCCUUCUUAGACUAUGUCAAACCAGCGUAAUUCAGACUCAUCCUCAGAGAAUCUUGUGUGGUCGGUACACAGCCAACCUUCUCCAACAACCACCCAGCGGUCGUUGUUCCUUAUAGCCUCUCUAACUACAAUCAAACGUUCGCAUCCCUCGAACCUAACAAGUGUG